ACGUAUCUGGUAGAUGGGGGAUUCAAAGCUUUCUACUUUUACACUAGCAGUGGAGGUCGAAUAGUUGACAAAAAACUUCAAGUCGCAGUGAUGCCUGAUGUGCUGCGACUCGGCCACAAUAUUGGAGGAAUGCGCUUUGCUCGCUCGCAGUGGGUGGAGUUAGAAAGUGAACGAGUGCUGCCUACCAAACAGAGAGAGGAGAAGGAGGAGAGAGAGAAAAAGGAAAGAGACGGGUGGGCAGGCUGCUCACCGUAAACGAUGGUUGUCGGAUAGAGUCUUGAAGACCUAAUGAAAUUGGCUGGUUGAAUUGUUUGCAGCGAUUAUAGAGCUCAGUGGCUCGGCGUGCUCCACAUCUCUCGAAUCCUUGGAUGGAAAAACUGCAGCAGCACGCACAUACACAGUUUAAAAAAGAAGAUUAAGAAGACUUGCUAAAACCUAUAUAUUAUCUUACUAGCGUUUUUUUCUACUCUUCAUUUUCCUCCCAGUAAGCCUUUUUCACAUCAGCAGCAACUCUUUCGCAGCGGACAGGACCGUUUCAUGCCGGGAGCAAGACCAACCUCCCACUUGGACCCCAUACCGGCCUCCCGCACUCUUCUGACCGGCUCAGAGGCAGCAGUUCCCGGCUUUUGCUGGGAUGUUUGAGUCGCGUUGUUUGGUGGGGUGAAGGGACCGAGAGAGUGGCCGGAGAGACCAAAGGGACGGAGGCCGAGAGAGGAGCCGAGAGCAUGGCUCUGGUAGUGCUGUCUCUCUGGGUGCUAACGAGUCUCACCUGGGCGGACAUGGUCCCGGUGUCAGCCAACAGGCAUUCCGUGUACUGGAACAGCUCCAACAUACAUCUGCGUAGGGAGGGCUACACGAUGCAGGUGAACGUCAACGACUACCUGGACAUCUACUGCCCUCAUUAUAACGACAGCCAGCGCAUGGUGGGCACCGGCGAGCAGUACAUCCUCUACAUGGUCAGUUAUCGCGGUUACAGGAACUGCGAUCCCCAGCUGGGCUUCAAGAGGUGGGAGUGUAACCGGCCCCACGCCCCCCACGCGCCCAUCAAGUUCUCUGAGAAGUUCCAGCGCUACAGCGCCUUCUCACUGGGCUACGAGUUCCACGUUGGACAGGAAUACUACUACAUCUCCACGCCCACCCACCAUCACGGCCGCAGCUGUCUGAGACUACGAGUCUACGUCUGCUGCUCCACGGCCUCUGACGUGGAUGAUGAGCCAGAGCCUACAGAACCAGACUACACACUUAGACCAGGCCUAAAAAUUGACGAUAUUGAUGAGUUUAACCCUUUUGUUCCCAAGCUGGAGAAGAGCGUCAGUGGAAGCAGCCCAACCAGGGAUCGCCUUCUCCUCACCGUGACGAUGCUCCUUCUUGCCGCUCUCUUCAUCUCCUAGCAACGGCCAUCCCAUCAGUGUCACCAUGCCAACUAGCCUUGGGAGGGCGUACAGUAUCAGUGGGUGGGGAGGUUGAGGGGGUGGGCGUUGGGGGGGAGGCCUUCUGGCACUCGGUGACGGACUGAACCGUAUAUACAUUAAAGUCAGCCUGUGCAUACAGUUGCAGAUGUGUUAGAAUGGUGUGUGUGUGGUGUGUGUGUGUGUGUGUGUGUGUUGUGUGUGUGUGUGUGUGUGUGUGUGUGUGUGUGUGUGUGUGUGUGUGUGUGUGUGUGUGUGUGUGUGUGUGUGUGUGUGUGUGUCUGUACAAGCCACAUGUUGAAUCAUGCACACCAUGCUAAGCAUUUAUACACUUGGAGAGGCAGGACUGAAAUCCAUGUAAAAGAAGAAAAAAGCAUCAAAUCUGCCCACCUUUUGAAAACCAUUUGAAGACUUUCCCCUGGAUCUGAUUGGCCGAAACACUUCCUUAGUGCUAGUCGCCAUAGUUUUCUUGCAACAAGAAUUAAACUGAAGUCAAAUGAACUGAAUCAGAUAGAUUUCAUCAGAACUGAACUGAAAUUGCCUUUUGUUGUUGUUGUUGUCCACGGAGGGAAAAAAGGAACCUUCUGACGAACUGCGCAGGUCCUAUGUAGGAUACUAGUCAAAGUAGCUGAUAGUUCAUAAACGCACCCUGGGACUCCAGACACCAGUGUUUUAGUUGUCAUCUCCACUCUGUCUGCUGUGUCACCCUGUGUUCACCAUCAGUCUCCAGCAAGUCUCUGCAGGACUGGACGGGUCACGGGGAAAUAUUGAGCAUUUAAACAAUGAAUCAUUCACUUAAAAAAAAUUAGGGGGAUUUACUGUAGAUGUGCUAUUGACACUGAAACUGCAAGGGUUUGUUGAUGUUAUAAGUUGCUGUGUUACUUUUGUGUCCUGUCUUUGAAGUACUUGGUUAGUCCUCUGUCAUCUCUGAGGUUAAAGAAGCACACGAUGGCUACGGACUGGAGCAGCCAUUAAUCCACCUAGCAAUACUGCCCUCCUCUCAACCCACUGCAGCUGUUUGGAGGAAAGCAAGAGGAGGAGGGACACCGGAGGAAGGGCAGUCACUUACACAAGCAUCUAUGAACAGGUCCAGUCCCAGACAAUAAGGACUUCUCCACUGAUCAAUGUUGGUGUAGCAGCCCGCUCUACCAAUCUCAUCUCUGUAAACCCAUUCAUCAGAUGCUACAUGUAAAGGUUUUUUUGUUUUUUGUUUGAGCGUGCUUGAAAGAGAAAACAUAUGUCUUAGUGUGCCAUGUGUGUGUGUGUGUGUGUGUGGGGGGGGGGGUUGAGAGUGAGAGAGACUAUUUUAAAUGGUACUAACAGCCUGAAAAUACAUCCACAUACUGUACAUCUUAAGUAUAAAAAUGCAAAAUAAAAAA